AUGAAGUCGUCGAAAGAAGGGAAAGGUAGUGCUACCUUGAGUAUGGCUUACGCUGGUUUCCGAUUUGCCAACAGUUUAAUCAAAGAUAAAUGGGAAGGAAAGACUGGAGUGACAGAGAUGGCUUACAUCGCUGUUCAAUCUGAAGCUCAUAUUUCUAGUGUGGUUGAGGGACUUGAGUAUUUUGCAUUUCCAAUUGAACUUGGAAGCAAUGGGGUUGAAAAAUUCUUGCCAAUCAUAAACCUUUCUUCUCUUGAAAAAUAA